AUGCUUCUUCUUUCGUUCGUUUUGUGGGCUGUAGCUGCAGCCCAGUUCAUCGUGCCCACGCCGCCUACCAAAGACGACUUCUAUGUGGCGCCCAAGAACCUCUCAGAUUACAAGAACGGUGACAUCAUCGCCUCCAGACCAGCCCCGGCCAUGAUCCGGUCCAUCUACUUUCCCGUGAACGUCAAGAAUGCUUGGCAGCUUGCGGUGAAAUCGGAAAACUCCCACGGUGACCCUACCCAGGUGGUGACGACGAUAUUGGAACCGUACAAUGCCGACCCCAAGAAGCUUUUGUCGUACCAGCCUGCUCAGGACUCAUCCUCCAACGACUGCAGCCCGUCGUACUCCAUGUUGUUCAAUGCUCCCAUGGACACCAUUGUCGUGCAAGCGGAGAUGAUGCUUAUGCAAACGGCGUUGGCGAAAGGGUGGUUUUUGGUGGUUCCAGACUACGAGGGUAUCCAGGGCGCUUUUACUGCGGGAAAGCAGUCUGGUCAGGCUACCUUGGACUCGCUCCGUGCUGCUCUUAAUUCAGAGGAUAUUUCGGGAAUCGACCCCAAGGCAAAAGCGGCUUUCUGGGGCUAUUCUGGUGGUACUAUCGCUUCUGGAUGGGCUGCUGCGCUUCAGCCUGAGUAUGCGCCUGAACUCAAACCCAAUCUUAUUGGAUGUGCUGUCGGAGGUUGGGUGACUAAUAUUACGUUGAGGGCGGAGGCCACAGACGGCACGAUUUUCGGUGGUCUCAUCCCCAACGCUAUCAACGGUUUGCUCAAUGAGUACCCUACGCUUUCUCACCUUGUGGACACAGAAAUCCGGGAAUCCAAGCAGAAACGGUUUCUUGCCGCCAACGAAAAAUGCCUUGCCACCUCGAUUAUCCAGUACAUGUUUGUGAAGUUCUUUUCUGGCAAGAACCCCUGGGCCACUAGAGGCUGGGGUUUCUUCGAUCUAGACAUUGUGCAAGAGGUGGUGAGGAACAACUCGGCUGCUCUUAGUGAAGACGGCCCAAUUCCUGAAAUUCCCAUGUUCGUUUUCCACGGCACCGAGGACCAGAUUGUGCCUUUUUCGGGUGCUCAAAGAGGAUAUGAGAACUACUGCGACUGGGGUAUCGACAGUUUAGAAUUUGCCGUUUCCAACACCACAGGCCACAUUUUAGAGGUGGUCGAGGGCAGCGGUGCUGCUCUUGUGUGGCUUGAAAAAAUGUUCAACGGAGAAAAACCCGUGCAAGGGUGCAAGAGAACCGUCAGAACCACCAAUAUCGAAUAUCCUGGUGCCGAUGUCCAGUACCGCCAGCUUGUCAGAACGCUUUUCAGCUCUUUUGCCGGCGGUGAAAUCGGCGAAACCACUAGAAAUAUUACAGAGUCGUCGAUGGUGAGCAAGAUCAUGACGCUGGCGUUCAGCUCGCUUAUUGAGCGGAUUGGUCCUGUGGCUUUCAAGAGAGAGAACGGUGCCGAGAUGCCUGAGUUGCGUGGUCUCAAUGAUGUCAUGCGUUUGUGGGAGCGUGAAGGCGUGGACGUUGCCGAGCUUGCCCAGAGGUAG